AUGCUCCUUCCUGCCAGCGCACUCCGGCUCCUCGCGCUCCUGCUGCUGAGCAGGAGCAGUUUAUCCGUUCACAACGACGCUACAGAGUCGCUCAGCAUCCAGCAGGUCCACGACACUCAAGAUGAGCCGGCUCAUGAAGACACGAACCAGGCCAGGAACGGCGGGAGACGACUGGCUGACUCUGUGCGUAAUGGCCCAGACCAGAGCCAGGUGGGCUGUAGGGAGCUGAGGUCCACAAAGUACAUCUCCGAUGGCCAGUGCACCAGUGUCAACCCUAUCAAGGAGCUGGUGUGUGCUGGGGAAUGUCUUCCACUUCACCUGCUGCCAAACUGGAUCGGGGGUGGUGGUUACACUGGGAGGCAGUGGAGCCGCCGUGAUGCCCAGGAGUGGCGUUGCGUCAUUGACAGGACCCGGACCCACCGGAUUCGGCUACAGUGCCAGGAUGGCAGCUCCAGGACCUACAAGAUAACUGUGGUGACCUCGUGCAAGUGCAAGCGCUACUCCAGAAAGCAGAAUGACUCCGGACACAAGGACACGUCUGUCCACAGUGGUAAAGCAAGGAAAAAUCAGCGGAAGGUUGGACUGCCUGAGGAAAGGCCUGGAAGGCAGUCUGACAACUAA